AUAAUGUUGUGUCGUAACUAGCUGGAUCCCGAUAAUCCGCUUUCAGAAAAAAAACGAAUUGAAACGACAACUACUGUAGACGACUGUUUGAAAACGAAGAAACACCUGUCAUUUUCAUACUUUUCAAAAUGUUCUUACGCGCGAUAACAGCUGUUCUGAUGUAUUCAACAUUGGGAACUUGUGGUCCUGAAAAAUCCGAUAAAGAAAAACCGGAAACCUCUGAACAAAUUGAUCCGUCAAUCUACAUUCGACAAGGCAUGAUGAAUGGAUUGGGAAUGGGACAACAUUUUGGAAUGGGACAAAAUUCAAUGAAUCAAGUAAACUUCGCCUUUACAUGCAAGUGUGCAUCAAAGAACAUCAAUCCCCUAUCACCGGCCCCAAUGGAUGCUAAUGCUUUGGCUCAGCAGCAGAUUGUUCAGUUACAGGAGCAAGUCCGACGGCAGCAGGAAGUCAUCAAUCGGCAAUCAGCAACUAAGAAUGGAUUCGAGAAUUUCACUCAACUGAUUGCUCUUGCCAACUCCAUGGAUUGUCAGUGUUCUUCCGAUAAUUCUGGAAUGGGUGGUCAAGUGGGAAUGGGAGGUAUUUAUGCAAGUCAAGGAGGAAUGGGAGGUCCUGGUGGAUAUCCGCCAAUUACUCACGGAUUUGGAUUUCCUGCACAGAGAGGUGUACCAAUUACAACAUUCGGAGGAACUCAACAAAUGAUCGAAGUGCCGUAUGCAAAAGUUUAAGAGAGGAAUUGAAUAUUACUUUUUAAAUUUAUUUAAUUAUUGAAAUACUGUGUCUUUUAUCAACAUUAACAUAGAUUAUUAAUAAAAUAAACACUACUUUUGUUUGAAAAAAAAA